AGCUGUGGCUGAGGAGCCAGUGAGCAUGGCUGUGGGGGGAUGCACCACCAUCUACAAAGGCUUUGCCGGGUGCCUGAUCAGCCUCGGGGACAGCAUGGCCCAGAACGUUCAGAGGCAGCAGGAGGACAGCGGGCAGGAGGUGCAGGAGCUGGACACGAUCUGCAGGUCCUGGGAUGACUUUCACACCUGUGCCACUGGGGUCCUGUCCAGCUGCCCUGAGGAGGCCGCAGCCAUCUGGGAGUCACUGCGCCAGGAGUCCAGGAAGAUCCAGUUCCAGGGAAACCUGCAUGACCUGUGCAGCUCACGGACCAAGAUGUCCAGCAGUGCCAGGGGCUCGGAUACAGAUGAGACUAACAAGGAGACUCUGCGGGGCUCAGCCCAGCUCCCCCAGCCUGGGCUCCUGGCCAGCCUACCUCUCCUGGCACUGACGUCACUGCUAGCACCCUUUGUCUAGCCAUGGAGCAGCAUGGAAGCCCCUUGGUCCAGACACUUCCCUGCUAGAACCCACCACAGCACAGACUCCUGGUUUAGUGGGGGCUGCUUCCCAGGCCAAGAGCAAUCUCUGCAAAAUAGAUCCAACUUAAAGUCUGAACAUCCAGCACAGUGAGGAGGGGGGGCACCACUCUCUGCCGUCCAUGGGGCAGUCCCCAGCCCAUUCCAGGCUGUGUUAGUGGCUUUGGGGCAAGGUUCCUUUGGUGGCAGGGACACUGGGUCCCCUGAGGCAAAUAAGGAUGGGGCCUGAGGCUCUGUAUUCCCAGUAAUUUUCUUGUUUUUUGGGGUGAUGUGGAGUCUGAGUGCUGAGCCUCCCUCAGCCUUGUGUUCAUGGAGCUCCCACAGAGAACUGGCCUGAUC